AUGGCGCGUCGCAAGCGAUCCCCCAGUUUUUCUCAAUCUGAAAAUUCUGAUUCCUCAAGUGAUUUGGACGAUUCACGACGCUCUCCAAGUCCAACCCACAAGAAUGCGAAAAAACGCGGUCGAUCACGCAAAUCUGUUCAAAGUAGAGAUGCAACACCAAAAAAGGUGAAUAUAUCCAAGGACACGGAUGAAGAUUUAGACGACGAGUAUUUUGCUGCUGCGCGUGCUAUGACGCGCUGCUAUGACUUAUUUUGCAAGGUCGAGAAGCUCAUCAAGAUCGGGUGCCUUUUGCAGCAAGACGAGGCUGCCGAUAAGGGAGAUCUCGAGGAAGAUGAGGCCGACAAGGUGUCUCGCAAAAAGAGACUUGAGGGCCUCUCAACUUAUGUACGUGAUCGUUAUAAACGGAAUUAUCAUCAACUUCUUCAACUCGCUCCCGGCUUACGAGCGCUCAUCAACAACAAGAACAAGUCAAAGCAACUUGCUAGGAUCGCACGAAAGAUGAAUGGCAUUAUUAGUGCAACACGGUCUGACGAUUCAACUCGUCUCAAGUCACAAAUCGGCCACUAUGCGGCUCCCUUACCGGCAAAGGAACCUCUAAGCCCACCUCGAUCAAAGAUUCUCUGGGAGGGAACUCCACCGGGGGAAAGCUACGACGGCGAUUCCAUGACUGAUGGACUUUUCAAAGGGUAUUUUCUCGUCCGCAUCAUGCGUCAUAUAUUCACAGGACCGUCUACUGCCUUAGGUGAAGACUCACGUGCAACGCGUUCCUGCAACGCUUCAUUGCACGACAUGACCACGGUCCAACCAGAACACAUUGCAUAUGCUUGUGUUCAGGCUCGCUUCGGGAUUAGCAGCAGGAAUAAGUGGGCCGAAGUCGACGGCAAAUUCAGCUAUCGAGAGUUCUACCAGAACAUUAUCGACUUUCUCCGAGAAUGCGAAGAUAAGGAUUGGGUAGACGGUCUCUUAAAAUGGUGGAAUAGGAAACUAUUCAAAACUGAACAUGGACGGGAAGGUGCAGUUGACGGAGUCUCCGCUAAUGAUUCUAGCAGGGGCUCCACUGCACCAAUGGACAGCCUCGCCAAGAUGCGGGCACAGAUGUCCGCUCGUGCUAGUGCCGCCAAGAGCUUGGGGGGAGAUCGUGUUUGUAAUCCUCCCAGUUCUCCCACCCCUCGUACUGGUUCUCGUGAUCGUUCUUAUUCUCCUCUUGGCCAUUCUCAUCAUCCUCGUGUUCGUUCCCCUUCACCUCAGAUCCAUUCGCCUGUGCCUCGUGGACGGUCUCCUACUCCUGCGCAUGACAGGCACUCUCCUGCUUCCCAUGGACGUUCUUUUUCUCCUUGCAAGCAUGUCCGUCCUCGUCCGAUUCCGCCUAAACGGGCUGCUCCGAUGGUACCUGACACCACUCGUUCCCCCACCCCACCCCGUCGUCCUCGUUCUCCCACCCCACCUCGUCGCCCUCGUUCUCCCACCCCACCCCGUCGUACAUCCCCACGGAAGAACGGCACUCCACCCCAUCAUGCUCGUUCUCCCACCCCAACCCGUCAUACAUCCCUGCGCAAGAAAGGUCCUACUGUUCCCUCUUCACCUGGAUUAAGUGAGUUAACGCAGGAGGAUGAAGAUGAAGAACUCGAAGUCAGUACCAGUAAGAAAGGGAAGUCGGCUGGGAAGAAAGCCAAGGUCGCAGCCAAGGCUGUGGGGAAAAGGAAGCGUGCCGUGGAAUCAGCAGGCCAUACUGUAAGAAUGAUACAUUAA